CAGAGAUGUGUCACCCCACCCAUCUGUGCCCGGACAUUGUUUUUUCCCACACUCCCUUGGGGCUGUCCCCACUGCUCUCCACCGAAACCAACAGUCUUGGUCCGGCCUGUCCCCAGGGGCAGGAGGAGGCAGGUGCAGACAGGAGGGGCUGGGUUACUGAGUGCAGUACUCUCCUGGCACUCGGGCCACUCCGCUGCCACCCAGCACCCUGAGCAGAGGGACCUAGGACGGCUCUCACAGCGGCAGGAUGGGGGCACGGCCUUCCAGCCCCCUGAGCAAACGGCAGCAGCAGCAGCUGAGGGGUCAGGUGGACAGCCUGCUGAGGACCUUCCUGCCCUGUUACCGCAGGCAGCUGGCUGCAGCCCUGCUCAGGCACAUCUCCCAGGAGCUGGGACCCCAGGAGCCAGCCAGGUGUCAGCUGUCCCACACCAAAAAGCUACCUCGAGUCCGGGAGCACCAAGGACCCUUGACCCUGUUGUGGGGCCACCCGCCACAGUGGCAACCUAUCUUCUGUGUUCUGCGUGGGGAUGGACGUUUGGAAUGGUUCAGUCACAAGGAGGAGUAUGAGUCUGGGGGCCGUCCCCUGGGCUCUGCAGCCCUGACGGGGUAUACACUGCUCACUUCCCAGCGUGAAUACCUCUGCCUGUUGGAUGACCUCUGCCCCAGCUCUUCCAGGGACCUCGCCCAGGAAGAACCACUGGGGGUGCUGGAGGAGCCGGUGAGCUUCGCUCUCUUCCUCGUGCACCCAUUCCGGGCUCAUCUCUGUUUCUGUGCACGCACUCAGGGGGCCCAGCGAGCCUGGAGGCUCGGCCUGCAGGGUGCUAUCCGUCUGAGAGCCACCGUCCUGCAGCGCAGCCGGGCACCCGCAGCCUGCGCCUUCCUGGACGCCGUGCGGCUCUAUCGACGACGUCGAGGCUGUGCGGGUGGCGAUGACGCGACGCUGGGCUCCGACGCCGAGGUGCUGAGCGCGGAGCUGAUGCGGAAGCUGUUGCCUACACUGCGCGCACAGACGCUCCGAAGCCUGUGCGGUGCGGGACGAACCCGAGCUCGGGCCUGUGCGGAGUUCCUCGACGAUGUGCACACGGCCGUCCUGGCCCGGGUAUCGGCGGGGCUACGCGCCUUCCAGCCAGAAAAGGAUGCGCUGCUGGCAGCGUUAGAGAGGAUGGUGCGUGCAGACCUGGAGCAGAUCCUGCAGCAGCGGGCGCACAGGGCCCGGAGACUGGAAGCCGAUAUCCGGGAUGCACUAGAGUUGUGCCUCUGUCACACCGUGGACCCGCAACUGCCCCAGCUUACCCUCGCGCUGCUGAGCCCUGUGGAAGCCACGCUCCGAGCUGUUCAGACCCUCCUCAUCCGGGGGAUGGACCGGCUGUUCAACUGCCUGCGCAAGAACCCUUCAGGCACUCGGCUGCGCAGGGAGGUUUAUGAAUUUGGGGAGAUGCCGUGGGACGCAGAGCUGAUGCAGGCCUGCUAUGGGGAGGCAGAGAGGAACCGCAGCCACCUGGCUCAGCUGGCAGAACCCUUUGGCUUCCUGGGAAUGCGGAGUCUGGUGUUUGGGGCCCAGGACCUUGCUCAACAGCUCAUGGCGGCCGCAGUCACCACCUUUCUGCAGCUGGCCGACCAGUGUCUGACAUCGGCUCUGGACUGCAGCCAGGCCGCGGAGCAGCUGGGGAAAGUCAAGGGCCUUGUGCUGAAGAAGCUCACCUCGGACAGUGAGAGCGCUAGGCGGAGGUUCACCCGGGAGUGGAUGCUGGGAAUCACCUGGCCCUUUGUGUGGAGCCAGCUCGGGGUGAGCUGUAACUUGGAGCAGCCUGAGGCAGAUGGGGACAUCCUGGCCAUGGGCGGCCAGGUUCUGACCACUGAGGGCGUCUGCAGGGAUGUCAUCCAGGGCCUCUUGCUGCAGAGGAUUGAUGGAGAGUUGAAGAAGAUUCUUGGUGCCAGUGACAGAACCUGCAGUCCAGAUGACGGCUCAGUACCCUAGUGGGACCAGGAAGGUGCAGACUGGGAAGAUCCAGGUGACUGUUGCCAUUUCACAGAUGAGGAGGCCAAGCCUCAGGUCUGAGAGAUGGAGAGACUCCACCCCACUCUCCAUUGCUUCCAAGAACCUUCCAGAUCUCGUCUUUACCCACCCACCUCUGGGCCAAGUGUGGAUGCCGGCUUUGUAACUGC